CCCUUCAUCGAGGUAAUCCACUCUAAUCCUGUAGAUCAUCUUUUAAAAUGUCCGAAAUUCUAGAAGAAACAUCUGUAAAGGAGAGCGAUCCUCAUAUUUUCCGAAGAAUAUGGUCCUAUGUGAAGAGCAGCUCAUUAUUCAUUUUUAAUGAAGAAUGGGAAAUACGGAAAUUCUUAUUGAUCCUUGUACUUGGAUCUGAAAAUUUGAUUGAAAUUAACGAGGCACUCAAAAAUUCAGAGGAGUUUGGUAUCAAAGACUUGCAAAAAUCUUAUCAUAUCAAAGACAUACAAAUAGUUGAAGGGAAAUUGCUUACUGAAAAGAAGCAUAUUGGCUACUCAAAGAUAUUUGAUUCUAUCAUAAUAGGUCUUAUUUUGGCCUCCUCUAUUCUUCUCUGAGUGGAUACGCCUCUUACAAACUCGGAGUCAGUGUUCUUUAUGCUGCUAAAGUACUUGGACUAUAUAUUCACUUUCUUAUUUCUGAUAGAAGCUAUUUUGAAAAUUAUUGCACUAGGAUUCAUCCACAAUAAUUUUCCAGGUAUUCCCCCAUAUAUUCUGAAUGCAUGGAAUAUUUUAGACUUAUUUGUAGUUGUAAGCUCACUUGUUGACUUUUCAUUCACUGUUUCAUCAAGUGGGCCUAAUACAACACAAUUGAAAAGCCUCAAAGCUUUGAGAGCAAUUCGAGCUUUAAGACCAUUAAGAAUGAUUAGUAGAAAUGAAGGCUUGAAGAUCUCGAUUAAUGCUCUGUUCUCAUCAAUUCCAGCCAUGGCAAAUGUCUUGUUAGUGUGCUUGCUCAUCUUGUUGAUAUUUGCUAUUAUGGGAGUAGACUUCCUCAAGGGAGCUUUCUAUAGCUGUGAAGGACUGACUGAUGAGAUUUUGCAAACAGUUAAAACCAAACAAGAUUGUUUAGACCAAGGUGGUAGCUGGGACAAUUAUUUUGUAAACUUUGACAAUACCAUCAAUGCAAUGUUUGCUCUUUUUCAAAUGACAACAACCGAAGGAUGGGUCAGUGUGAUGAACAGAGGUGUUGACACAAGAGGUAUUGAUAAACAGCCUGAGACCAACAACCAAAUUUUUAUGAUCAUAUAUUUCGUCUGCUUCAUGGUUGUAGGAUCUCUCUUCAUUAUCAAUCUAUUUGUUGGCGUGAUCAUUGACAACUUUAACAAGAUAAAAGGAUCUGAAGAAAUGGGAGGUAAAGGUGUUUUCAUCACUGAGAACCAGAAGAAAUGGGUUGAAAUCCAGCACAUUAUGUUACGCCAAUCCUUGAGGUUUAAACCUCCUGAGCCAAAAAGUAAAUGGAGAAAGAAGGUUCAUGAUCUUGUGAACCAUCAAUAUUUUGAAGGGUUCAUCAUGGUAUGAAUUUUAUUAAACACACUUCUAAUGUCAAUGAGAUAUGCAAGAAUGUCAGAUAAUUAUGAAUUAGCUCUGGAAACAGCCAACAUGGUAUUCAGCAUCAUAUUUAAUCUUGAAAUGAUCCUUAAAAUUAUUGGAAAUGGAAUGCAUUAUUUCAAAGGAUCUUGGAAUAGAUUUGACUUUGCUAUUGUUAUUGGCACAGAUAUUGGCUUCAUUAUGAGUUUGUUCUUAAGUGUCAAUAUUUCAACAGCAGCUACUGUAAUUAGGGCCUUUAGGAUCCUCAGAAUCUUCAGAUUAGUAAAAUCAUUUGGAAAGAUGAUACUCGAUGCCUUAGUGUAUAUAAUUCCGCAGGUCACGAACAUAAUGUCUCUGAUCUUCUUGUUGUUAUUUAUUUUCUCAUGCUUAGGGAUUUCUCUCUUUGCAACUGUGAUGUACAGAGAGAAUUAUAACAGAUUGAGUAAUUUCAGGAACUUCUUUUUCUCAAUAAUUAUUCUCUUGAGAUGAGCUACUGGAGAAGAUUGGAAUCUAGUUAUGGAAGAUCUUGGAGAAAGUGGAGAAUUUGAUGGGGUUUACUGAAAUGAUGAUCAGACUUAUGACGAAAUGCAAAAAGACGGCGUAUUAGGCUGAGGAUCUAAUUUUGCAAUCCCUUACUUUACUUUAUUCGUACUUAUAAUUAAUUUCAUUGCAAUGAACUUGACAGUUGCAGCGGUUAUUGAUGGUCUCGCAUCAGCAAGAAAAGACGAGGGAGCAUUGAUCAGUAGUGAUAAUAUUAACACAUUUAUCCAUCUUUGGUCAGACUAUGACCCAAAAGCGACAGGUUGGAUAUCAAUAGAUGCAUAUAUUUUCCUUCUAUUCGAACUCCCAAAGCCUAUCGGCUUAGGAAGAGAAGUGCCACUGUCAUAUCGAAAGAAUUAUGUGACACUCUACAAUUCUCAGAUGGAGCAAAACUCCAUAGAAGUAAGGAUUGAGGUUGGUAAAGAUGUCAGACAUGAAGAGUACCUCCAAGAGUGCAAAGAGAUUCUCCUGAUCAAAGAUAAAGAACGAAAUAAGAGGUAUUUCUACCAUACUGAAAAGAAGAUCUUACUGAGAGAAGACUUAUGGCUAAAGAUCUUGAAACACUACAACAUUCCUAUAUACGAAAACCGUCGGAUACAUUUCAAAGAUGUAUGCAAGAGGUUAAUUAAAUAACUCUUCUGGCCAUGGGAACUUAAAUAGAGUUUUAAGAAGCAACUCAUUUCGACUUUUAGAAAGGAAAAUAAGAAAAAAGUGGGAUAGCAGAUAUAAAAAUGCAUCUAAAAAAGAUAUCAUAACAACUGUUGAAAAAGUAAUUGCUGCCAGGAUAAUUUCUAAAUGGGCUAGAUACAAAAGAGUUUCUCUAAGAAUGAGUCAAAGAAAGCUCUUAUCGCUAGAGAUGAUUGAUAGCCAAAAGAGUUGGGAAAAUAAUCCAGAGUCUCAAAGAGAGAUGAAGCCUAUAACUUACAUAAACCCAAUAGAAGAAAAAGAUGAAUCAAUUGUUAUCUCUGAGGAGGAUAGUUCGUCUAAGAUAAUCCCUAAGAACAUCAAUCACUUCGAUGAAGAUGUGAAGAGUAAUGAGUUGAAAGCUGUAGAUCCCUCUAGCAAGAAAAAUGUUGAAAGUGAGGAAGAAUUCACUGCUGAGGAUCAGGAUAUGAGGAUCACAAGGAUGAAACUCCCAGGAGAAGGACGGAAGUCAGCUCAGUUCCAUAUUGGCCAUGCAGAGAACAAGGGUCUGAAUUUUAUGAAACUUGGAGAAAAUGUGCUUGGUAUAAGAUCGGAGAAGGAAGUCCCAAGCUUAUCGUUCUAUUCUCCAAUUGACAAGAAAUAUUGAGCUGAUAAAAGUGAUGAAAUUGAAGAACUUAGUAUUGGAGAAAUUAAGGAAAUUGAAUAAUAGAAAUAAAACUUAUGAAUAAAUUCAACG